AUGCAAUGGGCGAGCCAUUUCACAACGGACCUUACCGCGCUCACCAGUGCUGUAUCCGCUCUGUCAUGGCCGAAGGGCACUACUAUGACGGCCACGGCGCUAGCCAGUGCCACCACUGAGCUGCAUAGCGGGAGUGCAGAUGGACGCCCGAAGGUGGUGAUCGUCAUCACUGACGGAAGGCAUAUGAACCCUCACCAGACGCGUCAAGCUGCUGACGCGUUGCGAAAGGAGGCGCGGCUCAUGUGGGUUCCUGCAACCGAGCAUGCGGACAUGAACGAGAUGAAGACGUUUGCAUCGAGACCGGUUGCGAGCAACAUUGUGCCCGUCCAGAACUUCACUUCUUUGGCUGAUGUUGGUGUAGUCAACCGGGUCAUAGCUAGCGCAUGCAGGAACGUGGAAUGA